UCUGCUCUGGAUUUGAUUCUUUUCAAAAUGAAUACUGAACCAUUAAACAAAGACUGGACCUUCCAGUAGAAUUUUGUUAAAAUUCAUUGCAAGUAGAUCAACAGCUGCUUUAUUUUCCUUCUUCUUGGGAGCAUCUACACAACUUUUGAAGUUUUAAUCACAAUGAAUUCGGGCCUAUGGAGUCAAGAAAAAGCAAGUUCAUCCUAUUGGGAAGACGUAUCUUUUACUUGCUUCUCCAAGAAUGCAGUGUCAUAGACAAGCAGACUCAGAAGCUCUUGAAAGUGCCCAAAGGUAGCAUAGGGCAGUUCUUUCAAGACCGUUCUUCUGUUGGGCACUCCAGAAAUAUUCCUUGUAAAGGCAAGAAAUUACAGAUUGGAUUAAAGAUUCUGGAACAACCUCAUGCAAUCCUGUUUGUGGAUGAGAAGGAUGUUAUAGAAAUAAAUGAAAAAUUAGCUGAGUUGCUUUUGGCCAUUACUAACUGUGAGGAAAGAUACAGCCUGUUUAAAAGCAAAAGCAGGUUAACUAAAGGUGUCCAGAUAGAUAUUGGCUCAACUGUUAGAGUACAGCUGAGAUCAGGAGAUGACAAAUUUCCUGGAGUUGUUCGCUUCAGGGGACCCCUGUUGCAAGAAAGGUCUCUAACAGGGAUAUACUUUGGAGUAGAACUGCUGGAAGAAGGUCGUGGCCAAGGCUUUACUGAUGGACAGUACCAAGGCAAGCAGCUUUUCAGAUGUGAUGAGGAUUGUGGGGUUUUUGUUGCUUUGGACAAACUGGAGCUGGUGGAAGACGAUGACAAUGAACUGGAAAGUGAUUAUGCAGCUCCAGUUGACACAAUGCAGGUAGAACUUCCUCCUCUGGAGAUCAACUCCAGAGUUUCUCUGAAGAUAGGAGAGAGUAUAGAGUAUGGGACAGUUAUAUUCUGUGAUGUCUUACCAGGAAACGAAAGUUUAGGAUACGUUGUUGGAGUGGACAUGGAUAAUCCUAUUGGAAACUGGGAUGGAAGAUAUAACGGAAUACAGCUGUGCAGUUUUGCGAGUGUUGAAAGUACACUACUUUUGCAUAUUAAUGAUGUUAUACCAGAAACAGUGUCGCAGGACAGGAGACCUCCCAAGCUUGCCUAUACCUCAAGAGGUGGUGGUGACAAAAGCUUGUUCAAUCAUAGUAAGCCAAAAGCUACAGGAUCUACCUCUGAACCUGGGAGUAGAAACAGAUCUGAAGUCUUCUACACGUUAAAUGGCUCCUCAGUUGAUUCUCAACCUCAAAUAAAAACAAAACCCCCAUGGUAUAUUGAUGAAGUUGCUGAAGACCCUGCAAAAUCACUCACUGAUUCUUCUCCGGGAUUUGGGCAUUCCUCACCACCUCUGCAGCCACCUUUAACAAACUCUGUGUCUACAGAAAACAGAUUUCACUCCCUCCCUUUUAGCUUGACAAAAACCUCGAAUACUAAUGGUACUAUUGGACACAGUCCUCUCUCUUUAUCUGUUCAAUCCGUCAUUGGUGAUGUAAAUACUACAGCUAACCAGGAGAGUCCAUCAACAGCAGGUCCUGUCAGUAACUCGCAUGGUCUUGAAGCAGGUUCCCUUGCUGAGGUUAAAGAAAAUCCUCCUUUCUAUGGAGUAAUCCGCUGGAUUGGCCAGCCCCCUGGAGUAAACGAAGUAUUAGCUGGACUGGAACUGGAAGAUGAAUGUGCAGGUUGUACAGAUGGAACAUUUAAAGGAACUCGAUACUUCACUUGUGCUCCAAAGAAAGCUCUUUUUGUUAAACUCAAAAGCUGCCGGCCAGAUUCCAGAUUUGCCUCGCUGCAGCCAGUUUCCAACCAGAUUGAGCGCUGCAACUCUCUAGCCUUUGGAGGAUACUUAAGCGAAGUGGUAGAAGAAAACACUCCUCCCAAAAUGGAAAAAGAAGGUUUAGAGACAAUGAUUGGGAAGAAGAAGGGUAUCCAGGGUCAUUACAACUCCUGUUACUUAGACUCCACCUUAUUCUGUCUAUUUUCUUUUAGCUCUGUUCUAGACACAGUGUUGCUCAGACCUAAAGAAAAGAAUGAUGUAGAGUAUUAUAGUGAGACUCGAGAGCUAUUGCGAACGGAGAUUGUGAAUCCUCUUAGAAUAUAUGGAUAUGUCUGUGCUACAAAAAUAAUGAAACUGAGGAAAAUACUUGAAAAAGUUGAGGCUGCAUCAGGAUUCACUUCAGAAGAAAAAGAUCCAGAAGAAUUUUUGAAUAUUUUGUUUCACCAUAUUCUAAGAGUUGAGCCCUUGUUGAAGAUAAGAUCAGCGGGUCAGAAAGUACAAGACUGUUACUUCUAUCAAAUUUUCAUGGACAAAAAUGAGAAAGUUGGAGUCCCAACAAUUCAGCAGUUACUAGAAUGGUCUUUCAUUAACAGCAACUUGAAGUUUGCAGAGGCACCUUCUUGCCUGAUUAUCCAGAUGCCUCGAUUUGGAAAAGACUUCAAAAUGUUCAACAAAAUUUUUCCUUCUCUGGAAUUAAAUAUAACAGAUUUACUUGAAGAUACUCCCAGGCAGUGCCGUAUAUGUGGAGGACUUGCUAUGUAUGAGUGCAGAGAAUGUUAUGAAGAUACUGAUAUUUCUGCUGGGAAAAUCAAGCAGUUCUGCAAAACCUGCAACACCCAAGUUCAUCUUCAUCCCAAGAGACAGAGUCAUAAAUUCAAUCCAUUGUCACUUCCUAAAGAUCUGCCAGACUGGGACUGGCGACAUGGUUGCAUCCCAUACCAGAAGAUGGAGUUGUUUGCUGUUCUCUGCAUAGAAACAAGCCACUAUGUUGCUUUUGUUAAAUAUGGGAGGGAUGACUCCGCCUGGCUUUUCUUUGACAGCAUGGCAGAUCGGGAUGGAGGUCAGAAUGGUUUUAACAUUCCACAAGUUACCCCAUGUCCAGAAGUUGGUGAAUACCUAAAGAUGUCUCUAGAGGAACUGCAUUCACUGGAUUCCAGAAAAAUUCAAGGCUGUGCACGAAGACUACUUUGUGAUGCUUAUAUGUGCAUGUAUCAGAGUCCAACCAUGAGUUUAUACAAAUGAACAAUGUUCUCUGGAAAACUGAAGGAAGAGUACAGAGAUUUCUCUUGUUGCAUUUGCUGCACUCCUUGGUUAAUUGUAAUGCAGCCGUUGCUGGCAAUGGAUGCGAUGACAAGGAAGAAGUUGACUCGAACGAAAGGAUUACUAUUCCAAAAACUACACGUAGAGUUCUGUCAUUGAAGUAUUUAAGCAUAUUGCACUCUAGGAAGUGUGCUUGUGUGUGUUUGUUUUAUAAACAAAGUCUAAAUGAAGUUACUAAAACUUAAAGCUUUAAGUGCAUUGAUUAUAUACAGACUUUUUUGAAAAUUAGAAGUGGAAUUGUAUCAGGAGAAACCUCCUUAGUCCUUUGAGAAUGUAAAGAUACCAUGUUCUCACUUGGUUUAUUCCUGUGGACCAAGGAUGAUGAAUCUCUUGUGGUCCCCCUUCCAACACUUGUGCCCCACCAUCACUGUCCCACCCUCAAUCCUUUUAGCACCCUAGAUUAACUGCCUUCAGGAGAGAAGAACUUCUGCUUUAGCAGAGCACAUUUUAAAUUAUUCCUUGCAUAUUUGUUCUUUCAGCACAUCUACAUUCUUUUUAGUUCACGCAUUCACAUCUUUUAAAACUAAUAUCCAUUUAAAGAUCUGAAUUCUUUUCUUGUGAAAAUCAAGCACACAGAUUUGGUGUCUGUUUAGUUAGGAUUUUUGGAGGGGAAAAAGAAGAGAAGAGGGUAUUGAAGGGGAAGCAUAAUUGUUGAAACAUAAAAUUAGAAAUGCAAGUUAACAGAUGUCUCUUUCUAAUUGUCUAUUUUUAAAGAAGCAAAGCAGACUGGAACAGAACGGCAAAUAGAUACAGAUGAUUGGAGGACAAAACAACAAAAUAUAGAUUGUUUUAGUAAAGAUUAGAGUCCACUUCAGUAAUGUUCCCUGAGGCAAAGCUGACUUUUCUACAGUAUGUUAAGCUACCUCCUGGAAAAAAAAAAUACACAGAUGUAUUACACGUUCCCCUCAUUUUUGGGCUUAUUAAUGAAUAUUCAAAACCUUUGCCUGGAAGGAUGAAACUGGAAGCGAAAGUAGUUCAGAAUUUUGCUGGAUACCAAGUAGCUAGUAAGAACUAACUAGAAAAGCUAUACCACCUCUAUCAAUGUAAAAUAUUACACUUGGAAGUCUACUGGUUCCAGUUUGCAGUGAAAUGCGGUUUUAGUUGCUUUUUAACUACUUCUGUCUAUACUGACUAGCAAACAUGCAGCAUACAUAUAUAUGCAGCCAGUAAAAUCUGGUUGUACAGAUAAGCUAUGAAUUGCAUAUAUAUAUAUAUGAGCUGUACAUUUUCAACUCUAAAAUGCUUCUUCUUUUGGAUCAAGUCUGUAGAAGGAAAGGCCAGAAAAUAUAACACAGGAAAACCCACUGUGAUCUGCUGUUUUAAAGACAAUGGAGACUGAUCCUGCAUUGCAGAAAAUGUGGUUACUUCAUAGUUCUUGAAAAACCUAAAAUACUUCUUUGGAGUGUACUCUUGCAGUGUAGAGCAAGAUUUGGAAAUUAUACUUGAAGAACUAAGCCUGUCAGCUCUAAGACAGCAAAGCUGUACUGAGAGAACUAGUCUCUUCCCUUGGCUGCUGGAUGAAGUGUGCACUUAAAUUUUCACUGUCAAGAGCAAGGAAGUUUUUUAAAAGUAUCACUGUUGCUUUGCCUCUAUAAUAGUUGCCUGGCUGCCAUGUUCCCUUUUCUUAUUUAUAUAGUCUGUGCUCCUCAGUAAAACUUCUGAUUCUUUAGUUUCACUACAACUUAGAACUCAACUCCUUUAUUGACAAAUUUCAGAAAGCCUUUAGGUAAUGGAUUCUGUAAACGUCUGUGUCAGUGGAGGGAGUUACUGCCCCUUGGCUAUGUGCCGUCCUGCUCUAGGAUGGAAGCUGGAUGGAUGCUCAGGUCUGACAGAGAUGCCAUGGAAGACUGAUCUGUAACAAGUGCUUAGAUAUCUGUAAAGAGUAUGUCUUGGCUAGGCCAGCUUGUAUUCAUUUAAGUGGGCUAGCGAACACUUUUAUAACCUGAGCAGACAGUAUGGUAACCCAUCCUCUUGUCUGUAUGUUGAAGAGGAAGUCUGGCCACAGCCUUUGCUUAUUAUAAGUGAAGUUUUGCCUGUUUGCUUUACUUAAAAAGGGGCUUUGUGAGAAAGGCAAGAAUAAUUCAAAUAAGCUCCGAACUCAUUACCUACAACGUUACCUUGUUCAAUACCUUUAUUCCUCUAGCCCCAUUGUGACUCUCAUACAGUAGUUGAAAGUACUGGCCUCUUACGAAUAGGAAGCAAGCUUAAAGGCUUUACAAAAAUGAAUGAGCACAAACCUGUGUAAAAACAAGACCAACUCUGAAUGUCUGGACUUUUUCUUUCUUCCUCCUAGAUUUAUUUGUCUAGUUUUUGCUAUGCAUUAACUUUUGUAUGGGCUGUCUUCAGCUCUUGUACCCUCUUUUCCCCACAGUUUCACACGUAUCACCUUAAGUUAUAGGUGUACUCUUGCCUGUUCUCAGAUCAGCUCAGAGACUAGCUCUCUGAAAUGACCAGAGGGGGAGAGUUGGGCUUGCAACCAUUUUUAAGUUUUCUAAGUGAAUAAUCCUACAGCAAAAUAUAAUCUGCUCUCUUCCACAACUGUAAAUAUCUGAUGACCCUGGUUUUUUGGAAUGCAUAUUCCAUUAGCAGAAGUGAAUUAUAGUGCAUAGAUAUAAAUGGCCUGUUUGGCUCCUUGCCUCCAAUCCUUUGGCCUUUGAUUCAAAAGGGAAAAGAAGAUAUUUGAACUCUUGCUGUGGUAUACAUGGAGAACUUGCACACGGGGAAAAAAGGACUGAAGAAAUUUAAAUGUAUUAUUGCACACACUUUUUAGUGACUAAUACUGUGUUUGGAAAUGCAGGCAAUAAAAUACUACCUGCAUUUUGUACUACUUUAUAUUAUUGCAAAACAGAACAUAGUUUUGCAAACAGCAUAUGGUUAUAUGAUUAGUCUAUUGUUAGGGGUAUAUUAUAUAGGGUGAAAAAUGUUAGGUUUUGCCAAGUGAGUCUUUUUUUCCUUUUAAUCCAAAGGGCUUCUAUGUAUUGCUCUAUGGUGUGCUUCUGCAUCGGAUCUGAGAUUGACAACGUACACAAACGCUAUGGAAACUAACCCUACUUCUGGUUUCCUUUCUUAGAAAAGCUUGUGCAGGCAAAAAACUAUUUCACUGUGACAGGAAACUUGUCAAAUAAGUUAAAUACAAGAAUAAUAUAAACUCUUUAGACUUCAGAAUAUAUUGCAGGGGAAUUAAAUAAGCUGUUUUUGAAGAAACAACCAGCAUUGUAACGCAUCCACUGCUCUUAAAUGUAAUGCCCAAAGAGUCCAGUGACUAAGCACCCAGCCUCUGUGUUCAGUGCAUUUGGGAACCUGUCCCCUCAGUUCUUUGGCUUUUGUUUUUUUUUAAUGGUAGAUGUAACCGUAAAUUAAUAGCCUUUAGAUGAUUACUUCAGUGUUCGGCUCUUACACAGUGCUAACGAUGGCCUUAACCUAUGAGUAGGGAAACCAAGAAAAUACAGUUCCUGACAGCCUGCAAAAAUGUAAAGUACCUUUUUAUAAUCAGGGAGAAAAACUGAACCCCUAUACUUAACUCUCAGCCCACACUCCACUAAUCAAGGAUAGACAUGGAGGGGCAAAGUCAAUAGAAACCUGAACAAAUCACUGCAGUGCUUACUAUUUUGACCCUAGGAGAUAAAGAGAAAAGGUAGUAAUUAAAGGAGCUGCCUUGCACCUUGUGCAGGAUGGUGUAGGCUGCGUGAGGAUGCUGCCAUCUCUUGGUGUGGCAGAUGACUGGAGGAAAAAAAAUACCUGUGUUCAGUUACGGUCUUUCUAACAUAGCUGUGAUACUGAUUCUGUGCGCUUGAAAACAGUACUGUGUUUUAGUAAAUAGGCUGAGAGAAUUCCAAUUUAAGCAAGUACUGUCUGUAACAGGAAUUACUCGUAAUCUUAACUGUUUGGUUCAUGUCAAUGCACUUAUUUUUCUUGUGCACUUUAUACUCUGCUGAGUAGAUGAACUUGGUAACCAUGUCCCUAAUGAUAGCCUGUUUAAUAUAAUGUUAAGGCUCAACAUGCUGCAAAUGAGAAUUUUAUGGUUUCAGAACUGAGUUGAUGUAAAAGGCAGCCUUGAAGGCUGAGUGUAUUUUUGCCAUUGUAAAAAAAGCAUGUUUUGCUGUGCUCUUGCUAUUUUGCUAAAUAAACAUCCCAUGUUUUGUGCA